GCUGCGCAGUGAGUGCGGGGACGGGCUGGGAGACAAAGACGAGGCCUCCGGGGCGGGGGGCGGGCUCCUUUGUGUGUUUUGAUUACGGCCCUGAGGGGUUUGGGGGGUUCCCCUGGUCAGGGGGGGACACAAGAUCCUGUGAGGAGGUUCAACCUGAAGGGGAGGAUGUGAAAGAACCUACACGGUGUGUCCCACCAGCUGCCCACGGCUUGUGAAACAGAGAAAUACACUUCUUUUUUUUUUUUUACAAACUUCAGGCUGCUGAAAAUAAGCACAGAAAUAUAUCUGAUGCCUUCGUUUAUCCGUCACGGUCCAACCAUUCCAAGACGAACUGAUAUCUGUCCUCCCGACUCAACUUCUUCUGCAUAUGCUUCUGGUGGAGAUGGGAUUGUUUCCAGAAACCAGAGUUUCCUUCGAACUCCAGUGCAGAGGCCGCCUCAUGAAAUAAUGAGACGUGAAAGCAACAGGCUGUCUGCACCGUCCUAUCUCGCAAGAAGUUUAGCUGACGUCCCCAGAGAAUAUGGCUCUUCCUCGCAGUCCUUUUUAACAGAAGCUAAUUCAGUUUUGGAAAAUGGAGACGCUGGUGCCCGUUGUUACUAUUAUGAUCAUUUUUACGAUGCCCAGAGGAGGCGGCAGUUGAAUGAUCGCGUACACGAGGACUACAGGUAUUAUGAACACAACAGCGACCUUUUCCAGAGGAUGGCCCAGAACCACGGGAGGCACACUUCAGGCAUCGGUAGAGUUGCUGCUACAUCUCUAGGAAACUUAACAAAUCACAGUUCGGAAGAUUUACCUCUUCCUCCCGGCUGGUCGGUGGACUGGACUAUUAGAGGAAGGAAAUACUACAUAGAUCAUAACACGAACACGACUCACUGGAGCCACCCGCUCGAGCGCGAGGGGCUGCCGCCGGGCUGGGAGAGGGUCGAGUCCGCCGAAUUCGGGGUGUAUUACGUAGAUCACAUCAAUAAAAGAGCUCAGUAUAAACACCCUUGUGCGCCCAGCGUCCCCCGCUACGACCAGCCGCCCCCGGUGAGUUACCAGCCGCAGGCGGCGGAGCGGAGCCAACCCCUCCUGGUCCCCGCCAACCCCUACCACACCGCAGACAUCCCCGACUGGCUGCAGGUCUACGCCAGGGCUCCCGUCAAGUACGACCACAUCCUGAAGUGGGAGCUGUUCCAGCUGGCCGACCUGGACACGUACCAGGGGAUGCUGAAGCUGCUGUUCAUGAAGGAGCUGGAGCGCAUCGUGAAGCUGUACGAGGCGUUCCGGCAGGCGCUGCUCAGCGAGCUGGAGCACCGCAAGCAGCGCCAGCAGUGGUACCAACAGCACGCCAAGAACUUCUAACCCCCCGACUCUUGUCACCUUCCCCGAGGACACUAAGAGCUUUAAAAGGUUUGUUUUUCACACUUCAAACUCUGACAGAAAAGUGCUUUUGGUGAAAAGGCAGCUUAUUUUUGUUGACGUUGCACCUUUGUUAUUAUCCUCUUGAAUAUUUUUCUACAUGUAUUAUGUAUUGUUUAUAAAAAUGAAAAAUGUUUGUUAAUCUUUUGUUUCCAUACAAGGAGUAGUUUGUUAUUCUGGAAACCAGCGCGGGGUUUAAGCACAGACUUGAUCCCGGUAUCUUUUUCGUAGCCGUCAGCUGUAUUAGUAAGACGCUGACUAUAUAUUUUUAAAAGGGCAAUAGAUGCAACUCUGUGAAACGUUCUGGAUUCAAAACGUCCUUCAAAUCCAAAUGGAAGAUCCGUGUGUGUUUCCCUGGGGACCCGGAACCCCCUCUGGAGGUUGUUUAAGCAGCCCGUGCGGGUUUCUAUCCGUCUCCACCAAGCGCUUCACCAAAGUGAAGUCGAAUUGCCUUAUUUUCUACGUUGUUUAAUACACGACCGCUCGAGGUUCAUGAGUCUUCACAACCGCGUCGGAGGGGAAAUCCUGGUACCUUAAAGACCAAGCGAACUUUUCACAGGUUUUUAAAUGCGACGUAAGCUGCAUUGGGUAAAACCCAACACAGCACAGGGGGGUCACAGCAUUCCUGGCCUCGCCACCGAGAAAUCAGGGAUGGCACGACAAUUCCUUCUCUUUUGUAAGGAGUUUUUGUCUUGGAUUCGAGCUUCCUUACCUGGGGAACAUUUGUAACUGUGCGGUUACCCUCUCCAGUAUUUUCAUUUGGUUCAUUCAUUGUCCUGGAAUGUUAUUUAUGGAUUCUUUUUAGUGCAAUAAACAUCGUUGCAGACAAAUAAAAUACAUUUCUUGUAAAGCCUAUUAAUUCAAUAAAAAUCAUUUUGUUUAAUGAA